AGCAAACAAACUGAUCAGCUGAUAACGGAAAGAGUCGCAAAGGAGUCGCAAGUGAAAUCGAAAUAGGUCACCGUACACUCCGCCAAAAUUCAGCUGUUCAAGGAAAAAUUGUCGAAGUCCCAGCCUCCGGGAUUGUCCUCGAGGGAAGAGCAGAUAGCACUGAGAUCGGUGAAAGGUCAAUUGGAAACGGCUGGCCGGCCAACCAAUCGUCUACCGCCGCCGGUGGUGAUAAGGAGGAAGCAAAUCCCGCUGAGGCCUGUGUCAGCCAAACAGCAGGACUCGAGCGUCGCGGAGUCUAGCGUCUCGGACGAGGGUGCUCGUUCCAUCAGGGAGGAGUCGAACGCCUUCGGCGACGCUAGAAAUUCGUCCGAGUGUUCGCCAUCGGCCGCGAAACGGUCUACGGGCGAGCACCGAGCGUCGUCGUGGGCACUGUCGGAGAGCGGCUGCGAGAAGGCUCGCGCCGGCCAGGAAUCUAGACACAAGUGGGGCUUCCUAGCCAAGUCAACGUCCACCAACGGCACAGCGAGGGUAUUCACGGAAGCUGGAACGACUUCGACCAGUUCCUCGUCGUACGAGCGUGACCUGCAAGCGAUAUCGCGUCGGCCAGUGGAGAACGUCUCGUUCGAGCUAGCUAGAAAUUUCGCCGGUAGAAUCAGCGACAGUACGUCGUCGGACUUUCAAGAGGAGAGCGAGUUGUCGUCGGAGGAGAGGGACGCAUUGAUAGAAGGUGUCAGAACCCCGUUGACCGUCUGUCGAAACCGAUUGACGAAGUUCGGCGCGAGGAGGAGGAUAGUAGCCGCUGCCUCCUCGUCGACGAGGGAGCACUUCGCGGCCGGCGAUCGUCUGUUAGGUCUGCGAGAGAACACCUCGUCCAGCUCGUCGACGGUGAAAUCACCGGCGGAGGACAUCCACUUGAGCGACGAGCUUCCGCUGGAGAAGGAUAGCCUCGCGGUCGAUCUCUCGUCGGGGGAGCUUGCCUCCGCGCCGACUACUCUGUCCCUCGGCAGGAAAAUCACGUCGUGGACGAAGGAGGGCAAGGAUCUAUUGGUGAAGUCGGUAUCCUCGGCAAACACGCUCGCACCGGCGACCAUGACGUGCAUCAAGUCCCCUCGAGCGAUGUCGGAGCAUCUCCUGGGGCAGCUGGAGGUGCCGGUGACACCUGCGGUGCUCGGCGCGCUCCGCGUCAAAGGUGGAUCGCUGAAGGAGGGCGAGAGAAGCGAAAGGGUGACCGAUGUGCCACGACAGAGAUGGAGCAGCGUCAGGGUCAAGGGUGGUAGCACGAAGAGUCUCUUGCUGGAGAACGGAGGGCCGCAAACCAAGCCGCUGAAGGGUGCUCUCACAGCA